AUGGAACAGACAAACGCAACACCGAAGGAGGCACCCGUGGAGGCCGCAAUCGACCCGCCUCAAGUCAGUACCAUCGAUGUCGACUCCUCUGUCAUCGGAGCAACAUCAGCACCUAUCACAAUGGAUCAGCCUCCAUCCGUGGUGCAGGGAUCGAAGGACGACAUGGUCAAGGAUGCUAGGGAUUUAUCAACUGUCACCAUCCAGUCGGAUUCAAUGGUUGAAGCUGCGCAGACUGUUCCUGUAAACAUAAAAGAUGCUUCGGCUCGCGUACAUGACGACUCGGGCGAUGCGAUAUCUGAGAAGGGUCCUCCUGCAGGCGAGCCAGAGAAGGGACAUGGCCUCUUCCGACGACGCAAGCAGAAACCAGUCAAAGAGGACAUCCUCGCCAAGGAGGAAGCAACAGCCAUCAAGUCAGUUGUCGACGAGUCCGGUGGCCCAGUAUCGUUCACCUCGGUUUUCCGCUUUUCGACCCGUCGGGAGCUCUUCCUCAAUUUCAUUGGGUUGCUCUGCGCAUGCGCGGCCGGGUCGGCUCAGCCGCUCAUGUCACUCAUGUUCGGGAAGCUCACCCAAGGAUUCGUCGUUCUUGGUGCUGCACUUCAGGGAGGUGGAACCCCGGACUUUUCGUCCAUCGCAGGCGACUUCUUGACCACGGCGCGGCAGGACGCGAUGUAUAUUGCUAUCAUUGCAGGGGGCAUGUAUGUGACCACUCAUAUCUAUAUGCUCAUCUGGACAUACACCGGCGACCUGGCAGCAAAGCGGGUACCCUACCUACAGACUGUCUUACGCCACGACAUCGCCUUCUUCGACACCCUCGGUGCAGGCGAAGUCGCGACUCGCAUCCAGGCGAAUACCCAGCUCAUCCAGUCCGGGAUUGGCGAGAAGGUCCCAAUUAUCAUGACCUAUCUAUCCGGCUUCGUCGCUGGCUACAUCAUUGCCUACAUUCGGAGCUGGCGACUCGCACUGGCGCUCACGUCUAUUUUGCCCUGUAUCUCCAUCUCCGUCACCAUCGUUGCGUACUUCGUUGGCAAGGCUCUUAAAACGAACCAGGAUGCGAUCGCAGCCAGUGGAAGCUUGGCUGAGGAAGUUAUCAGCACAAUCCGUACGACCAAGGCUUUUGGCAUCCAAGAUACUCUCUCCAAGUUGUACAAGAUGCACGUCGACAUUGCGUAUCAUGCGCAGAUGACGAACAUGAUCUCCCAGAGUAUACUCAUGUGGGUGUUCUUCUUUGUCCUCUGGAGCGCAUAUGCCUUGGCCUUCUACUAUGGGACUACGCUUGUUCUUGACGGCAUCGGCGAUGUUGGUGUAAUUGUCAACGUGUUCAUGGCUAUUGUGCUGGGAUCCUUCUCACUCGCGCAGAUGGCUCCCGAGAUGCAAUCUCUUGCUGCCGCUCGCACUGCUGCCUCGAAGAUCUGGGCCACCAUUGACCGCGUGCCCAGUAUUGACUCACUCUCCCCUGCUGGACUUAAGCCUGCCACCUGCGAAGGCCGUAUUACCUUCGAGAACGUGCGCUUCCGCUACUCCUCUAGACCGGAAGUCGAAAUUCUCAAGGGUAUCUCCAUUGAUUUCGAACCUGGGAAGACGGCAGCACUGGUAGGCGCAAGCGGGAGUGGGAAGAGUACUAUCGUCAGUCUAGUGGAGCGGUUCUAUGACCCCAUUGAAGGAUCGGUGAAGGUGGAUGGUGUAGACGUGAAGGAUCUGAACAUCCAGUGGCUGAGAACCCGAUCGGGCUCGUCUCACAGAAUAUUGCAUACGGCCUCCUUGGUACCCCCCUACGAGCACGCCUCGCCAGAUGAGAAGUUUGUUCUGAUCAAAGACGCGGCCAUCGAGGCGAACGCCGACAAUUUCAUCCGCAGUCUACCCGAUGGUUAUGAUACGAACGUCGGCCAGGCUGGUCUGUUGAUGAGCGGUGGUCAGAAACAACGUAUUGCCAUCGCUCGUGCAAUUGUUUCUAACCCGCGGAUUCUUCUGCUGGAUGAGGCUACAUCUGCGCUCGACACGCAAUCUGAGGGUGUUGUGCAACAAGCUCUUGACAAAGCAUCUCGUGGAAGGACAACGAUUACCAUUGCACAUCGACUUACUACGAUCAAAGAUGCCGAUCAAAUCUACGUCAUGGAUCAGGGCACAGUUAUUGAGCACGGCACUCACGAUGAACUGGUCGCACACGACGGACCUUAUCACCGUCUUGUCAAUGCUCAGAAGCUGCGUGAAGAAUCGCAUCCAGAAACGGCAGAAGUGCCUUUGGUUGGCGUCGAAACCCGAAGCGAUGGUACGGAUGACGCAGAAUCAGUUGUGUCUGUGAAGCCGGAGAUUGAGAUCCGACCGGCCAGCGGGUUAGCUCGAGUUCUGACGAGCCGCUCUGUUGCCAGUGUGAAUACCAACAAGGAUGUGGAGCCGCUCGUGGACCAAGAUUAUUCUAUGUUAUAUCUCUUCUACCGGAUGAGCAAGCUCUGCAAAGAGUCGCUGCCUUAUUAUGCUCUGGGUUCAUGCGCUGCUAUGGCGACCGGCAUGGUCUAUCCGGUGUUUGGCAUUGUUUAUGGUGGCGCCAUUGAGGGAUUCCAGAGCACUGGUCAAGAUUUGCGGAACGCUGGGAAUCACAAUGCACUACUAUUUUUUAUCAUUGCAAUAGUCGCUUCUGUUUGGCUCAUGUUCCAAAGCCUCUUCUUUGGCAAGGCAGCGGCUCUGCUGACCAGCAAGAUAAGGAACAGCAGCUUUACGGCCCUUCUGCGACAGGAUGCUGCGUGGUACGAUGAAGAGCGCCAUUCCACUGGCGUGCUCACGUCGAACUUGUCGGAGAAUCCGCAGAAAGUGAAUGGUCUUGGUGGCGCAACCCUGGGGGCUAUCAUUCAGAGCCUUACAACCCUAAUCGGAGGUGCCAUCGUCGCCCUCUGUUUUGGUUGGAAAAUCGCACUAGUAGGCAUAGCAUGUAUUCCCUUGACCUUGAUGGCUGGUAUCGUGCGCUUGCAAGUUGUAGUGCUCAAGGACAAGCGCAACGUCCUUGCGUACGAGCAAUCCUCGAAGCUCGCCUGCGAGGUUGCCGGCGCUAUUCGCACAGUCGCUUCAUUGAAGCGUGAACAGACAGCCUGCGCUGAGUACAGCAAAAGUCUGGAGGAACCUCUGCGACACUCCCAGCGUACUGCCAUUUACAGCACUGGAUUGUACGCGUUUAGUCAGGCCGCAUCCUUCGGUACCAUUGCGCUGCUGUUCUGGUAUGGCUCUGGAUUGUUGACUAACGAAGGGUAUUCUGUCAAGAACUUCUUUAUCACAAUGAUGAGCGUCGUAUUUGGUUCCAUGACCGCUGGCAAUGUAUUCGCGCUGCUACCCGACAUUUCCCUAGCAAAGCGAGGGGCAGCCAGCACUGUGGCGCUCCUGGACUCUGACCCCAUUAUCACAUCUGCUUCUGGUGCUCAGAAGGUACCGGAAGACCUCAAAGGCCAGCUGGAGUUCCGGGAGGUUCACUUCCGUUAUCCCACCAGACCGAAGAUUCCUGUACUCCGCGGUGUUAAUCUGACCAUCAAACCUGGUGAAAGUGUCGCUAUCUGUGGAGCUAGUGGAUGUGGCAAAAGCACCAUGAUUCAACUUUUCGAGAGAUUCUACGACCCUCUCUUCGGUGACGUUACGAUUGACGGCAUCUCCCUCCGGAAACUGGAUCUUGCAGAUUAUAGGAAACACAUCGCGAUCGUGUCCCAAGAACCGACUCUAUAUGCUGGUUCAAUCCGUUUUAACAUCCUUCUUGGGGCAACAAAGCCGCCGGAGGAAGUCACCCAAGCCGAGCUGGACAAGGUGUGCCAGGACGCCAAUAUCUUCGACUUCAUUCAAUCCCUGCCCCAUGGGUUCGAGACACAAGUGGGUAAUAAGGGCACUGCGCUAUCAGGAGGACAGAAGCAACGCAUUGCCAUUGCGCGUGCCUUAAUACGGGACCCGAAAGUUCUUCUGCUAGAUGAAGCUACCUCCGCACUCGACUCACAGUCCGAGCGAGUUGUGCAAGAAGCUCUGGACAAGGCGUCACGCGGGAGGACCACCAUUGCGAUUGCUCACCGUCUCAGCACCAUCCAGAACUGUGAUCGCAUCUACUUCAUGCGCGAAGGACUUGUUGCUGAGCAAGGUACCCACGAUGAAUUGCUAGAGAUAAGGGGAGGAUAUUACGAUAUGGUCCAACUGCAAGGCUUUAACCAUCGUGCAUAA